AUGGAGGACGCCUUGGCCAGAGCAGUGAUUCAAAUAAGGUGGGAAAAAGAUGAGAUGAAUCGGGCAAUACACCCCAGGUAUGACCCAAGGCGGAAUGAUAGAAGGCCAAAGCUUAGAUCGAUUGAACCUCGUUACCAACCCCCUCCACGUAACCUGAACAAAGUCAGAAAAUCAUAUGAUCGUCGACCACUUAGAACCGACAACAAACCAACCGAACCAAGCCGAUACAAAAUCCUAGAGUACAACCUCAACGUCGAACCAACCCAAGUCGUGGCGAUCAUGAAAGAAAUGGGAUCUAGCGUUAAGUGGCCAAGCAAGCUCAAUGCCGAAGCAAGGAGAGACACGACCAAGUGGUGCAAGUUCCAUGACGACCGUGGACAUAACACCGCAGACUACAUUGCCCUGCAGUUGGAGGUCGCUGCACUAUUGAAAAUGGGACAUCUCCGAGAUCUGUUGACAGAUAAAGGGAAAAACACCAUCAGCCAGAAAAGCACGAAAGAAACAUCUCCACCCCCAUGGGAACCUACAUCGAAAGGAUUCUACUCAAUCAUCUCCGGAGGGUCAGAGAUCAGUGGGGUCAGUUACUCCUCAGCCAAACGCUACGCCAGAGCCAACAACCAUCAUGAAAUCCAAUCCAUCCAUCUGUCUUCUCGGUUACAUUCUCACCACGUAAUUCAGUUCGAAGACGACGAGUUGGUCACCCUGGCUACCCCCCAUCACGAUGCUCUAGUCGUCUCCUUCCAGAUCGUCAUCAUCCUGGUCAAGAGGGUAUUCAUAGACGGGGGACCCUCCGCAAACAUUCAUUUCCUUGAAGCAGUGAAGGCUAUGGUUUUGGAAGAAACAAACAUCAACUGA